CGUGAGUGAAGCUCGUCAGCAUUCUCCGGUCAGUGGGAGUGGUACAAAAGAAGGCUAUAGCUGCACCACCUCAACGGACACACGGUAUAAAGUUUUUUACCCGUUCUCAGGAUUGACCGGUGUUUCGACCUAGUGGAUUAUAAAUGAUAAUCAAAAGGGACAUUCUACGUUGAGAUCUGACCAUUGACCUCUCAAGGCUGGUGUUGUGUGUUCAAUCUUCUGGAGCAGAACUACUGCCACAGUCACUUCAACUCUGCCACUGGACAACGGCACUUCUCCCCCUGCCACCUGAGCUCUUAGACGGGCUAGAAAACUUGAUUGGAGUUGAAGAUGGAGAAUUACUACAAACUAUUCUCCCUGCUCAUGCUGUGCUUUACCAUUGCACCCUCAGCUUCCAGCCAGACAUGCAAGCCGGUGGAUCUGCUUGCCAGUCAGACCCCAUGGAUCCAGGUGCGAGAAAUGACCAUCGGCUGCUGGACGGCCUUUAUCAGGGACGACAAUGUUGAGGUGCAUAUCCUCAACCUGCAUAUCAGUCCUGGGGCUAUGUUUAGUGUCAACGCAAGCCUUGCCAGACCAAUGCAUCUCAUCCUCACAACAGACUCAAAAGACACAAAAGGCAUUCAUGUUGCCAUCAGCGCGAAUGAAAACGUCAAUUUUUCUGUAACCAAUAGCUCCUUGGUCUUUCACUCAUCACAACCAAUACAUCGAAAAGACCUGCCCACAAACUAUACAGAGCUGGUGAGGUGGGCUACAGAGGCAUUUGGGGGAGUGACAUCUUUCACCACUGUACACAACCCAAAGGGCAUCAUCUUUACAGGAAGAGAGGGAACUAAACUCCCCAUCUCCACCUCAUGUAAACUUGAAAUUGAGGAUCCUACUUUAAAACACUUUGUGACGUUGGAAUUUGAGCUGAAACAACUUAAGUCUUGCUCCACCCAACCAGAGGAGGGUGCUGAGGAAUUGCACAUCGUUAACAUACCAGAGUCUAGCAGUGUUCGUUAUGUCUCAGUGAAUGUUAUCACAGACAAGAUGAUCGGUUUAUUUCUGAGAGGACCCAAAGGCACCUCUUGGGCAAUCCACAACACACAGCACACCAAAUUUGGUUCCAACAAUGAGAUUGAGCUUACGGGCAUGAGUAACCACAAAAUCCCACCCUCAGUAGUGACCAGCAGCGACAUAGCCGAGGAGGUACAGAGGAAAGCCCUGGAAUAUUUCAAAUCCAGCAGUAUCACUAGCUACUUAGAGAUUCAACCAGUUGGCUCUACUAUCACUCUGGUGCUUGGUCACAAGGAUGAUGUUAAAGACCCACAGUUUACCUCCACGGACCAAGUCCUCACCACACCCAGCCACCCUGAGCCACUCCUGCUGAUGCAGCUGUAUACCUCCCCAGAUUAUUCCUCUCCUCUAGACCCCAACACCAAGGUCCAAAGUGACAAGAGAAUUUACGCAGAGAUCUCAGGGCAGACUCUGGGUAUGAUCGUGCUGACCAUUAAGGUAAUCAAUUGCUCAGUACACUCCAAGGGCUCGAGCCCGGUGGUGCGAGACAUGCCCUUCAGGCCUGAGGCCUGCUCUGCCACAGUGUGCCCAAACACCUCCCGUGUCAGCUUCUCCCUGGAGCAGCUGCAGGACCUGGCUUCCACUAACUGGGACCUGGAGUGCUCUGUCAAACUCUGCUUCAGUGAGAAAUGUGGGGAUGGAGGAAGAGUGAAGAGGAACUUGGAAGUCACUCAGACAUAUAUUCAACCACCAAGACCAUGUAUUGACUUUGGUCUUUCGGCUGUGUUGGGCAUUGCCUUUGGAGGAUUCCUGAUUGGAGUUCUCCUCAUUGGGGCUCUGUGGUUAAUCAAGAUUCGAACUGGAUAUCCCACCGGACUGGAUAUAAGUUCAACUGCUGCAAACCUUUCAGGAUGUCCGUGCUCUCUGACCAAACAACAGCCAGUCCACACCAACCCCUCCCCAUCUGAAAACAGUAGUGCCAAUGCCAGCAUUGGCAGCACACAGAGCACGCCAACCAGCAGCAUGGCAUGAGGAUGUCACUGUAAUUUCAUCAUUUUUCUUGCCAUUCUGUUAUGUCAUUCAGAAUUGUUUUUUGCACUCCCACUAUGUUUUCCAGAAUGCCCUCUUUCUCCUCAUUUGGUUAAUAAAAAGCAAGCACACAUCCCCUGAUCACACCCCAUUUGGGUGAGGUCAGGCUGGGUAGUCUAUUCAAGACUCCUUCACAAACAUUCACCUGUCUCUAGUCUAAGCUUCUCAGACAGGAACGAAAGCACAACAAAGUAACUAACAGGAAAAUAUUUGUCAUACUUUUUGAUGAAUUAUGCAUCUCUGAUGGCAGUAUAAUAGAUUCAUUCAGGGGGGAAAGGGAACAAAAUAUAUUUACAUUAUAUUAGAGAAACACUUUUUGCUUCAUGACACACUUUCUCUCUGAUUGUCAGAGGUAUCAUAUUUACUCCGAUUCAAAUUCAGGCCCGAUGCCUAUUCAAAAGGAACUAUAUCAUGUGUAGGACGACUUGGUUGGGAGAAUAAUCAAGCUUAUGUUUUAGGCGUAACAACAAAGUUAAAAUACCAAAUGUUAUCUUCCCAUACCAAGGGGUAACUGUCUAAUUCAAGUGAGAGAUUGGGAAAAGGCUACCUCUUAAUAUAUGUAGAAGUCUGUAGGCUAAGUAUGAUCUAAACUAAAUACUUCUCUAGUGAAAUAGUAGCUUAUUUUCUGAAAUGUUUACUUUAGUUACAUCAUAUUUUGCUCUGAGCCAUUUGUAACUCACAGACUUUGUAACUCUACAUUCAUGCAAGUUGAUCUUCCCAUGGGGGCCUAACAUGUUGUCUUAUGAUAUAUACAGAACUAUUUAAAGUAAGGGAGAGAAACCUUUUUUUUCUUAAGGUCUAGUCUUAGUUCUCAAAAGAAGAAAAUGGUUAACUUAAUGGAGCCACAAAUUAGGAUUCACAAAAAGAAAAAUCUAAGAUUGUAAAUUAAAAAAAUGAACUCAGGAAUAAGAACAAUUACCAGUAUUGUAAUUUAAUGUUGCUUAUUGAGAAAUAUAAUUACCGAGAGUAUUAGGUAUCUGUAAAAAUAGAUGGUUGAACCAUAAUUGUAAACCCCUCCUUUGUUGUUUUUGUAAUUGCACAAAUGUAAAUGUUUUUGUUUUUUUAUUACCUCAGGCUUAUCUCUAUAAAAUUAUUGUCUUUAAAUCAAGAAAUCAUUCAACUCACAACGUGUGGAAGAAAAUCAUUUGCUUUUGGCACCAAUUCAUGUUUAACAUUUCAUUUCACUUGUACAAGUACAUCAGGGUAUUCCAGAAAGCAGGUUUAGUGAAAACCCUGAGUUGGGUAACCCUGAAAUUAGGAUAACUGGGUUUUCCGUUCCAGAAAGAGAGGCAACGCAAACUUUUGGUUAGUAUCCAUGGUAACUGACUCUGUGAAACUAACCUGCUCACUAGCAUGUUUUCCAUAAAAAACCUACACUUUCUGAGCCUGAUACAGUUGGCAGACAUUGGGUGUCCUUUACUGGUUCAGCCGAUCGAUCUCACACCCAAUUAAAUUUGCUUAGCCUUAGGUCGGGAGAGGAUUAUAAGAUCGCGAUUAGAUGUGAUUUAAUUCCCUGAUGAAUACCUAAGUGAACGUUACUGGUUUUUGUCACACUCCAUAAUUUAUUUUAGCAAAAUUGUCAGUCCUUACAUCGCUAAUGUUAUACACCGUGGACAUGCACUCAGAGCCGACCAAGUGCUUUUUUGCACUGAACUAAAGACAAAUCCUGUAAAUGUCAUUUGGUGUUCUUUAUUGCCUACAAAUAGUAUUACAAUGAGUAUUUAGAUAAUGUUCCUACAAUUAACAUUAUUCACCUGUGACCAUGUACCCACCUGUUACUGAUGUUCCACUGACCAAGAGAUGUAUUUGUAUGAUGUAUUUCAGUAAAUCAUUUACUGAAAUACAUCAUACAUCAUCAUUACUGAAAAUAUAACAGUAACCAUCACAAUUUGGUACUGUCAACAAACAGAGAAAAAACGGGGUAAAAACCUUCUGGUGUGCUGGAUCCAGCCUUGAAAACACUCCACACCUAUGUCACCACAGGCCAAUUCCAUUGCUACAACUGUGCUGUAGUUGUGUUUACUGUUUGACGCCUGUGUUUACCAUUUUGCAGCCCAAGUGCAUCACAGUGAAAAAAGGUUUUAGAGAAUGAGAAUGUGUUUAGAGUUUUGCCAAAAGAGUGUCUGAUUCGACAAAUGCACGCGCUUAACUCUGAGUGGACAUACUCUGAGUUGCUUGAAAUAAUUCAAAUAUGAAAUCAUCAGCUUGUUCUGGAACCAAAAAGUCUGAGUUGCCCAUCUUAGGGUAAAUCAUCUCAGAGAUCUGGGUUAGGCUCUGAGUUUGUUAAACCUUCUUUCUGGAAUAUACCCCAGAGUCUUAAAUAUAUUGAAUACAAUACAUUUCGAGUUACCAAUUGAGAAAUAAUUGAAUAUUUUAUUUGUUUGAAAGCUAGAUACUGUAAACUAAGCUAGCUUUCAAAUUUGAACGUCUUGCAUUUGUAAAUUUCCCAAAUAUUUUCACCUACAAGUUGUUGUAUUUCAGCAUGUGUGUGUGUGGCCACACAUUAGAGUACAUGAAGGAGAGAUGCAAGAAACUAAGCAAUACUCAUUCAGUUUAUGUUGUAGUAGUAUAUUUUUUUAAUAAUCUCAUUUUUAGAAUUAUUUAUAGUUAGUUCCUCUCUCAUUUUGUCAGUUAUCAUUUUUUGUUUGUUUUUAAGAAGAUGGCCAAUCAUUUAUACAGCUCAAAUGUCCAGUUUAAAUAUAAGACACUACAAAAGAAAAAGACAGCCAUUGAGAGUGCGUCCUCAACUUGUUAUCUGAAGAUGCUGUUGCUUUGCCCCUUCAACUUUUACCCAUAUUCCUAAUUCUCUACUGUCUCAGAUAAUGAAAUGACCUGCAGAUAUAGACUGUUUAUAAAACCUAAUUGAUGAAGACUUGCACAUCUUUUGCAUAGAACCCAUGCAUAAACACCAUAUCCUAUGAAAAAGAAAUUGUUGACCAUAUACAGUAUAUACAUUAUAUUCACAUUGUACAUUUUGGCCUAUAUUUUAAAUAAGAGAAAGCAGAGCCAUAAGUAAGGUCUUUAUACUCAGUGUAUUUGAACCGACUUGCUGCAAUAGAUUUGUGCCCUAUGCUACUCAGCUUGUUUGUGUGGAUGUAAUGCGUCUAUACAGGAUGUCAUCCUUUAGGACUGUUGACUAUGUUUGGGGUUUGUGAUGCUAACAAAAUGGCUAUGCUUAUUAUAUACCUAGUGAAAAAGAAUACAGUACUGUACCCAAAGUAGUCGUUUUUCACGACUCGCUUUUGUUGCACAGUAUAGUGAUAAAAUCUAAUGCCAUUUGUAUUUUGUGUCAUCUUUGUUUUAAAAUGUUUUACUUGUAUAAUAGCCAUUUUAAUAAAAUGUAAUACAACCAAG